AUGAUGUUUACUUUUGAACUUGCUUUUAUUCAACUGAUGAUAAUGGCUACAGCCGACUGCAGUCCAAAACUUGAUAAUGCAGUAGUUGAAGACCUUUUGACAAUGCUAGUAAGAUAUAAAGAAGGAUAUGAUUUUAGAAACCCUGGAAAUUGGAGAUAUAUUCCUGCCUUUACUGCAUCUUUUUCACAUUCCAAGAAUAUUAAGGCUAAAGAAAUUGUGAUGUUCGACAAAAUUUGGACAAACAAUGGAAAUCACUAUGAUCCUAACACGGGUAUUUUCCAAGCUCCAAGAGAAGGACUGUAUCAUGUAUCUUCUACAGUCGUGUCAGUAAAAGGAAAAACAGUUUAUGCUCAUAUAUGGCAGAACGAGACCAGGACAGUUGGAAUGUAUCCUGGUAUUGGCUAUAAUGAAGCUACCUCUAAUAUUGUGUUACAUCUAAAGGAAGGGGACAAAAUAACAGUAAGAGGCGGUGGUAAUCGUUCUUAUCUUUACAGCAGUGAGGGCCACUACAUAAUGUUCUCUGCCUAUCUGAUAGCAUAAUAAAUGCACUUUGAAUAAAUA